CCCCCCCCCCCCCCCCCCCCCACAAAAACCACCAGCCCCUCAAAAUGUCCGACAACAUGCGCAAAGACUUCAGCGACCGUGCGCAGGAGAAGGUGACGCCCGACUCUUCGAAGAGCACCAUGGACAAGGCCAAAGAGAGCGUUACCGACACUGCCGACAGGGCCGCUGGAGAACUCCAGUCCGAUAGCUCAAAGAGCACCACCCAGAAGGGAUUCGAUAAGUCCCGCCGCGAGAAGGAGUCCAUGGCCGAUAAGGCGAAGCAUGCGAUGGGGAUGGAUAAGUAGGAAUAACUAGGCUUAGGCUCAGAUUGACGGGUUUCUUUUUUUGGUUUGUUUGCUGUUAUUGCACUGAACUUGGAAUUUGGGAUAUGGAUCAUGAAUUAUGGAAUGUGGGAUAUGUACGGAAAGUGAAAAUUGAUUUUGUUUCCUUAACGAUUGGGAAUUUGGGAGUGCUGUGAAAGUGAAAGUGAAGAUGACAUGACCUGCCAAAACCGCUACGGACA